CUUCCUGUUACCAUGUAAACCGCUUACGGAGGUUUAGUAAAUACCUUCGCGGCCGGUAUUGUUUCCAGUUACUGUAUUUCGCAAUACACCACACACGGUUUUAAUAAAGAACGAGUAAAAACCCCACGAACCGCCACAGGGGCCGAAACCGCAUCCCCCAUCGUGUGGGGUGGUGAUGCGGCUCUGCCCAGAAAAUAGUGUCCCUCCGCGCGGAGUACGCGGGGACUUUAUUGCGGGGAUUUUCGGCGCCCAUGAGACGGCAUUUCGACUAAAUCGGAUCGGGUCGUGCAGGGUGGGCCUCAGCUCGGACAGCAAGACGGCCUAGACGGGGGUCGGCGGCGGUACCCACACGGCGGGCACGAUGUCCUUGGUAGACUUGGGAAAGAAGCUUUUAGAAGCUGCUCGUGCUGGUCUAGAUGAUGAAGUUCGUAUCCUGAUGGCAAAUGGGGCCCCAUUUACCACAGAUUGGUUGGGAACAUCCCCACUCCAUUUAGCAGCUCAAUAUGGUCACUAUUCCACAACUGAGGUUCUCCUUCGAGCUGGAGUCAGCAGAGAUGCACGAACAAAAGUGGACAGGACUCCACUGCACAUGGCAGCUUCAGAGGGACAUGCAAGCAUAGUAGAAGUGCUAAUUAAGCAUGGUGCUGACAUCAAUGCCAAAGACAUGCUGAAGAUGACCGCUCUGCACUGGGCAACUGAACACAAUCAUCAAGAAGUUGUGGAACUAUUAAUUAAAUAUGGGGCAGAUGUGCAUACCCAAAGUAAGUUCUGCAAAACUGCAUUUGAUAUCUCAAUGGAUAAUGGAAACGAGGACCUUGCAGAAAUCCUACAGAUUGCAAUGCAAAACCAAAUUAAUACAAAUCCAGAAAGUCCUGACACUGUGACAAUACAUACAGCUACACCACAAUUUUUUAUCGGCCCUGGAGGAGUAGUAAACCUAACUGAUGACAAUGGAGUUGCAUCUACAGUACAGUUUGGAAACUCCUCAACAUCAGUUUUGGCUACAUUGGCAGCCUUAGCUGAAGCCUCUGCUCCUUUGUCCAAUUCAUCAGAAACACCAGUAGUGGCCACUGAAGAAGUGGUAACUGCAGAGUCAGUAGAUGGGGCGAUCCAGCAAGUUGUAAGCUCUGGAGGGCAGCAAGUUAUUACUAUAGUGACAGACGGCAUCCAUCUUGGAAAUCUCCAAACUGCUAUCCCAACCAGUGGUAUAGGUCAACCAAUUAUAGUCACAAUGCCAGAUGGUCAGCAGGUGUUGACUGUACCAGCCACUGACAUUGCAGAAGAAACUGUGAUUAGUGAAGAGCCUCCUACCAAAAGGCAGUGUAUUGAAAUAAUUGAAAAUCGUGUUGAAUCUGCAGAAAUUGAGAUUCCAGAAACUUCUGGGUCAGAAUUCUAUAUUGUGAAUACUCAAGAGUUCUCUCAGGAAAGAGAAUCCCUUCAGAAGCAACUUGAUGAAGCCAACAGGGAAGCACAGAGAUAUCGACAACAGCUUCUAAAGAAAGAGCAAGAAGCAGAGGCUUGUAGGCAGAGAUUGGAUGCAAUUAACAGACUCCACACUAAGGAAGUUGUUUAAUUAGUUACAGUAGACUUGUAGUAAUCUCAUUUGUGAAGAUGCAAACCUGUACUGCCCCAAUUUAUGACAUGUGAUACAUCUGAACACAUGAACAUUCAGCAAGAAAACCGGUUUCUUCACCAAGAGCCUCCAACGUCCUUGUGAAAUGCAUGGGGUAAACAAAGGUUAAUCUUUGUGAAAAGUAUUUAAAAAAAAAUAAAUACUGUACAUAGCCCUUUUUUACAGUUAGCAUAUAAGUUGAUGCUGAUGUUUGAAAGGUAGCAGAGGUAACCUUGUCAACUAAAACCUAUCUAAGCGCUUAAGAUCUCUAAAGUGGAUGUUACUUUGAAAGAUAAUCUGCUACUCUUUCUUUAAACAGAUCAACGAGGCCUUUGAGGUUAUCAUUUCCUAGUGGAAAUCUUUGUACAGCUUUUCAUUUUGUCUCUCCUAAUUUUCUCCCCUUUUCUAUUGAGCAAAAACUUUUAUAUUGAUUUAACUUCUGAAAAACAUCCAGGUAAAGUGACUUGUAUAUGAAGCGAAUAUUUUUUAAAAACAAAAAUCAAAAAAAAAAAAAAAACACACAAAAAACAUUUUUGUACAUAUGUUGCAUGCUUUUUGUAUAUUCUUCCUGCACAUAUCAGGCUUGGUAAUCUUGUGGCAACAUUUAAAAUUAUCUACAUAUAGACUGUGUAACACUUAACGGCAAGUUUGAAUUACUCCCUCUCAGGACUUAAACAGUCUUAAAAAUUUUUUGGAGAGUUAAUGUUACACCAUUCCAAACCAAACAAAGUGCCCCUAUAUAAUUUAGAAAGCAGAAUACUGUAAAUUCAGACAUCUGAUGUAUUUAAGUAACUAUUAGCCACAGAUUAUUUAUACUCUUUUAAUUUUUAUUUUUUUUAUUUGCUUCUUUUGGUUUAGAUUAUGCCUCUAGCACAUCUCUUCUAUGCAGAUGAUGUUAAAAUAUAUUUGUUAAUAUCCAUGACUCCACACACAUCUAGGUCUUAGUCCAAGACAGAUGAGUGUAAACAUAAU